AUGGCUCCCUCCAUGAGGAUCGUCUUCGGUCUUCUCACAUUUGUCACCGUCGGAAUGAUUAUAGGUGCUCUCUCUCAAUUGGCUAUCAUACGGAAAUUGGAAGACUCAUACGGCUCUGAUUCUUUGCCUUUUAGAAGAUUGAGUGGACUAGAAGGUGACAGGUACCUUCAAUUUCCAAGAGGUAUUCCCUUUUGGAAUAAUGACAAGGAAGCGGAGAUCUUACGCCUUGGAUAUGUCAAACCUGAAGUGCUUAGCUGGUCUCCUCGAAUUAUAUUACUUCAUAACUUCCUGAGUUUAGAGGAAUGUGAUUAUCUCAGGGCUAUAGCUCUCCCUCGCUUGCAAAUUUCAACUGUGGUAGACACGAAGACUGGAAAGGGAAUCAAGAGUGAUGUCAGGACUAGCUCUGGUAUGUUUUUGAAUCCUCAAGAGAGAAAAUAUCCUAUGGUACAAGCAAUUGAAAAAAGAAUUUCUGUCUAUUCCCAAAUACCAAUUGAAAAUGGAGAGCUUAUGCAAGUCCUGAGGUACGAGAAGAAUCAAUAUUACAAACCUCAUCAUGACUAUUUUUCUGAUACUUUCAACUUGAAGCGUGGUGGGCAGAGGAUAGCCACAAUGCUUAUGUAUUUAAGUGACAAUGUUGAAGGAGGAGAAACAUAUUUCCCAAUGGUUGGUUCAGGUGAAUGUAGCUGUGGUGGGAAACUUGUCCAAGGGCUAUCAGUCAAACCAACUAAAGGAAAUGCAGUGCUUUUCUGGAGUAUGGGACUGGAUGGUCAAUCAGAUCCGAAAAGUGUGCAUGGAGGAUGUGCGGUAAUCUCUGGGGAGAAGUGGUCAGCUACGAAGUGGAUGAGGCAGACCACUCACACUUGA